AUGGAGUCUCCGUCGCAGGUCGCUUCCCAGCCGCACCGAGCCGACAAUAUCCUCAAGCGCGUAUCCCGGGCCUGUCUGCACUGCCGCCAACGCAAAUCGCGAUGUGACCUUGAUAGCAACGGAAACCCAGGAAAACCGCCGUGUCAGCGCUGUGUCCGAGAAAAUCGCGAAUGUGUGCUUGGCGGCUCGAAUCGUGGCGGACGACGAAUCCGCAAGAAUAAGAUUAAGAAUUUUACUCCCGCGACAAAUCCAUCGCCUACGAAAGAUUGGGAAGAAUCGUCUAGCCCUGAAAGCUCUGAGGCUCGCCGCGCGCCAUCCGUUUCCGCAUCGUACCCCGGACCUGUGGUUUUCCUGCCCCCAAAUCCACCAGCGACGUCGAAUUCGAUUGCUGUGGAAGAUGCAGACACUGCAAUUGAUUCUGUACCGCGCAAUCCGUCCGAUGCCUGGCAAUGUUUGACGGGUAUUGCUACGCAGAGUACGAGCGUGCCCCAAGAUCGACCACGCGACCACCACGCACGGUCGGAAUCUGGGAGCUUCUCAGCACACAACGGUCUACGCAAUAGCAUUGUUGCAGAUUUCAAUGCUCCGAAUACUGGCAUUAAAGCUUACCGAUUAGUUCAUUCGCGGGCUUUGGACCCCGCAACGGUCUGGCAACUGGUCAAUCGAUACGCGGAGAAUUUCCAUCCAUAUCUCCCGCUCGUUCCAAGAAAAUACUUUGAGCGCUCUGCGCUUGAUGAAUUCGCUAAUAAUGAGAAGUAUCUUUUAACUGCCAUUAUCACAAUCGCCUCGAAAGAUUUGCUUGAUCGGCCUGAAAUUCACGAAUGUUGUUCUAAGUACAUGCUCGAAUUGAUUUCGGCCAUCUCUGCUGGGGCUGAGUGUGAUGUUGAUGCUAUUGAGGCUCUUCUCUUGCUGGCUGAGUGGGAGCCUCAUGGUCUCAGGUCUCGAAUCGAGCGUGUGGGUCGUGGGGAGGAGGAUCGUGCGGCCUGGAUGCAUGUUGGGUUAGCAUUGCGCUCGGGCUACUUCAUUGGCCUGGACCGCACUUCCUUCCGAGGUGAUCCUUACGGUGAACAGGCUACUGAAGCUCGCAGGCGACUAGCUUGGGCUAGUUGCUAUGUUUCUGAUCGCUUAAUAUCAGUGCGUAUUGGACGUGCUUUCUGGUCGCGUGGACCGGGUCCGAUGACUGGUCUUGUCAGUCAGGAUUUCCCAUCGUUGCAACCAGCGAGGGAAGGCGACGAAGAUUAUUCAAAGAUCUUUCAAGCCAUGCUUGAUCUGACACAGCUAUACGGAAAUGUCCAUGAAGUCCUGUAUUCCGGGAUGCGAACGAGUAACCAGAUGAUGUUGAUGGGAGACUACGUCAAGUAUGUUGACGAUUUUCGUUUGGCUAUUUUAAGAUGGAAGUCUCUCUGGGGACCGUUGGACUGCUCGGCGCCCAUGCGGGCCACGCUUCAACUAUCAUAUGAGUACUUACGACUUUAUACAACUGCUUUUGCCUUCCAAGCUGCUAUCUCUCAGUCUUUGGUCAAGCCAAAGGUUGACGGAGGCUCUCAUCGAGACCAACUGAGAACUACAUUCAAAAAUGUUGCAUCAAUGCAAGAUUCUCGCUUCAUCUACGAGUCCGUCGAUGCAGCGAAAGCCUAUUUGACUAUCCUUGUAGACUCGGUAGAUCCAGAGAGGCAUUUACAUUUUAUGCCACUUAGAUUUUAUCUCUAUGGGAUUUACUCUGCAGUAUUUCUUUACAAGGCUCGCUCAUUCGGAAUGAUGGUCCCGUCCGAAGAAGCAAAAGUCCAAGGCCUAGUAGCUCGAACCACUGAAGUCCUCAAGCAAGCAAGUGCUGGACCUGAUGAUAUUGGAUCGCGCUACUCUCGUCUUCUCGAGCUUCUCUGGAAAGGCAAGCCAACCAACAUGCCAACAACAACGCCCGGCGAAACACCCCAAAGCACAGACUUUGCAAUGCAAGCAGCGUUAAGUAACCCGGUAUCUGACCCCUCCUAUAUGGAUUUCAGCCCUGCGAACGAUUUCUCGUGGCUCGAUCUCGAGGCUGUGGGUGAUUAUGUUUCAGGCGACCCAGUUUCUGGAGGUCUUUUGGGUCUGGAUGCCUUCCAAAAUUCAUCAGACCCAUUUCAGUCAGCACAAGAUCGAUCGCAAAAUUGGCAAUCGUCUACUUGGCUUGGAGAUAUGAGCAGCAAUCUUCUCUUCUAA